AUGCUACCGCAGCUCAGGGCGUUUGAGCCAUGCGCCGUUGUUACAGAGUCCGGGAAGGACAAGAUUGCGGCUGUUGUGGCAUACGACGAAAAACUUCUCUUGGCGACUACUAGAUGCGUGCUGCGGGUCUACGACGUGUCAGAGCCGGAUGAACGAGACCAAGUCACCGUGAACCUUUCGCAAACCAUCGACAAGUUUGCAAAGAAGACAAUUACUCAGCUUGCCUACUGCAGUGGGCCCAGAAUCCUGCUUGCGCUCGCAGAUUACUGUGUAUCUGUGUAUGACGCCGAUUCAUUAUCCCGGACAUCACAGCUCACGAAGACCAAGAAUGCCACAACAUUCGCGGCAACAUCCAACAUCGAGCAUAACGAAGACGACAUACCGUCUCUAGUUACCCGCAUAGCAGUGGUAGUUAAGCGCAAGUUGAUUCUCUACGUGUGGGAUGAAUCAGAGUUCAGAGAAACAUCAGAGUUGACAUUGCCCGAAAGUGCACGUACUCUGACAUGGAUUUCACCUACCAAGAUCUGCCUGGGACUUUCCUCGGAUUACUGCCUGGCUGACAUCACCACCAAUGAAAUUUCCGCCAUCUUUUCCCCUGGGGCAGCGGCACCAGGCAUGGGGGCUAUAUCCGCUGGUAUUGGACUCAUGGGCGGAAGGACGCCACGACCAAUGUCUGUGCGACUGCCAGGUGAUGAAGUGCUGCUGGCGAGGGAUACUAUCAGUGGAUGGCUGGACAACAGCGGAAGGUUGUCGAGACGCAAGCAGGUACCGUGGAAUGGUGCACCGGAAGAGAUUGGAUUCGUACAUCCAUACCUGGUUGCACUGUUCUCGAAGUAUGUCCAGGUUCGGAACGUGCAGACACAGACAUUGUUGCAGACAAUUGAGAUUUCUGGAGCGACAACGAUGACUACGGGGGAAAUGUGUUAUGUGGCUUCAUCUACUCAAGUCUGGAGGAUCUGCCCGAGGAACUUUGAUCAGCAGGUGGGUGAGCUGGUUGGGAUGGGGAUGUUCGAUGAAGCGAUCAGUUUGGUCAAGCAACUAGACGUUUCUCAGCUCGAGGACAAAGACUCCAAGCUUCGCGCUGUGCGGUUACUAAAGGCGGACGCCCUUUUCGAAAAGCGAAGAUAUGACGAAAGUAUGGGCAUUUUCUCAGACCAAUCCGCUCCACCCGAGAUGGUCCUGAAACUGUUUCCACAGUCUGUCGCAGGUGAUCUUGGUAUCGAGGAAAGUGACGACGAGGGAGAUGGUUCCGUUAAUGGCAACGGAGAGAUGACUGAGAUGGAGAAAGCCAUGGCGGAUACCUUGAGCGUGCGGUCGAGCAGAGCAGGACAUUCACGAGCACCCAGCAACAAGGAUGGUCCCGCAUCUGACGCUGGGUCGAUGCUUACAAAACAUACAGAGACGGUAUCGCGACCACAUAAGCUUAGUGAGGUGGAGCUGAAGAAGGCUACAAGGGCUUUAUUGCACUACCUCGCAGACUCGAGACGGAAACUGAAUCGAUUCAUUCAAGAAGCCACGGCCUCAGACGAAGACGCCUCAAAUCUACUCUCCUCAUCCACUGGUGCCGAGACGGCGUCGAUCUUGACAGUUGGCUCGAGGGUGCCCGAGGUGCACUUCGCCUCCCCGACCGGUGAGCCAGCGAGUCUUGAGGAUCUUGAACGUGAUGCUUGUUUGGUCGAUACCGCUCUUUUCCGAGCAUACAUGCUUACGUCGCCGUCCCUUGUUGGAUCCCUCGUACGAUUACCAAAUCGAUGCGAUCCGAAUGUCGUUAGGUCUAUGCUGGAAGAAUGCGGCAAAGUCCGAGAGCUAGUCGACUUCCUCUUUGCGAAGAAACUUCAUCGGGAGGCAUUGACGUUGUUGCAGGGUAUCGGGAAGAAGGGCGAGGAUGAGCUUUUAGCGGGUCCGGAGUCCACGAUUCGAUAUCUGCAGCGCUUGGAUAAGGAGUGUUUGCAGUUGAUCUUUGAGUUCGUGAAGUGGCCUCUUGAAGUCGAUUCAAAACAAUCCAUGGAGAUCUUUACUGAAGAUACGAAAGAGGCGGAAAGUUUGCCGAGGGACAAGGUGGUGGACUUCUUGCUUACCCAGAGCCGGGUAUUGGCGAUUCAGUAUUUGGAGCAUCUCAUUCACGGGCUGAGCGACGGCACGCCGGAGUUUCAUAACACGCUCGCUAGUCUCUACUUCGAGCGUAUGACCAAGGAAGACGGGGUUUCCGAGGAGGAUAAAGCUGGGCUGCAGACCAAAUUCCUGGAAUUCCUACGGUGGAGUCAACAGUAUCGACCAGAGCGAGUAUUGAGCGCUCUUCCUCGGGACGAUCCAGAGUUCUACGAGGCUAGAGCGAUCGUCCUGAGCAAGCUAGGACAAUACCAAAAGGCCUUGGAGAUCUACGUCUUCAAGAUGAAAGACUACGAAAAGGCUGAACAGUACUGCAUCGACAUCCAAGCCACCGACGCAAAGACACCCUCCUUAUUCCUAACGCUCCUGACCUUAUAUCUCCAACCACCAGCAGGAGAAUCAUUCCAACUCAACCCAGCCUUAACCCUCCUCACUCGCCAAGGUCGCCACCUCGACUCCGCAACCGCAAUCUCCCUCCUGCCCCCCACCCUCCCCGUCGCCGACCUCCACACCUUCUUCCGCACCCGCAUUCGAUCCGAAAACUCCGCCCUAAACUCUGUCCGAAUCAUCGCCGCUCUCCGGAAAUCGUCGCUCCUAAAAACACAUGAAGCGCUGAUUGAGACGAGGAAUGUGAAGGCUGUGGUGGAUGAGGAGAGGAUGUGUCCGAGUUGUCAUAAGAGGUUGGGGAUGAGUGUUAUUGCGGUGUUUCCGGAGGGGAGUAUUGUGCAUUAUGGGUGUCAGGGAGCGUGGUUGAGGGAGAGGGGGUUGGAGGGGGUAUACAGUUCUGGAUAA